AUGAUGAUUGGGGUUUUCCUUUCCUCUUUGUGGUUGUGUACUGACUGUAACGGAGAGCCGCGCCUCCGCCUGGUGGGGUUUGUUUCGGACCGGCACGAUGGCGUCCCGAGCCACAGCUCGAGGCUCUCCCAGCUGGGCUCGGUGUCCCAAGGACCUUACUCGAGCGCCCCGCCGCUGUCCCACACCCCGUCGUCAGACUUCCAGCCGCCCUACUUCCCGCCCCCCUACCAGCCGCUCCCCUACCACCAGAGCCAGGACCCCUACUCGCACGUCAAUGACCCCUACUCCCUGAACCCACUGCACCAGCCCCAGCAGCACCCCUGGGGACAACGGCAGCGGCAAGAAGUGGGUUCCGAAGCCGGCUCUCUCCUGCCCCAGCCUCGGGCCGCCUUGCCCCAGCUCUCGGGCCUCGACCCCCGGAGGGACUACCACUCGGUCCGCCGGCCGGACGUGCUGCUGCAUUCGGCGCACCACGGCCUGGACGCGGGCAUGGGUGACAGCCUCUCGCUGCACGGCCUCGGCCAUCCCGGAAUGGAAGACGUCCAGUCAGUUGAAGAUGCCAAUAACAGCGGCAUGAAUCUAUUGGACCAGUCUGUCAUAAAAAAAGUUCCGGUUCCUCCCAAAUCUGUGACUUCUCUGAUGAUGAAUAAAGAUGGCUUCCUGGGAGGCAUGUCCGUCAACACCGGCGAGGUGUUUUGCUCGGUCCCAGGCCGUUUGUCUCUGCUCAGUUCCACUUCAAAGUACAAAGUAACUGUGGGGGAAGUUCAGAGACGGCUUUCGCCCCCGGAAUGCCUCAAUGCGUCUCUCCUCGGCGGCGUCCUCAGAAGAGCCAAAUCGAAAAAUGGGGGGCGAUCUUUGCGAGAAAGGCUAGAAAAAAUCGGUUUGAAUUUACCCGCGGGCAGGCGCAAAGCAGCAAAUGUCACGUUACUCACCUCCCUGGUGGAAGGAGAAGCUGUUCACUUAGCUCGGGAUUUUGGGUACAUAUGUGAAACGGAGUUUCCCGCCAAAGCUGUUUCUGAGUAUUUGAACCGGCAGCACACGGACCCCAGUGACCUGCACUCCCGAAAGAAUAUGCUGCUGGCCACCAAGCAACUUUGUAAAGAAUUUACGGAUCUGCUGGCGCAGGACCGGACGCCGAUCGGGAACAGCCGGCCCAGCCCCAUCCUGGAGCCGGGGAUCCAGAGCUGCCUCACGCACUUCAGCCUCAUCACGCACGGCUUCGGCGCCCCGGCCAUUUGCGCCGCCCUCACGGCCCUGCAGAACUAUCUCACCGAGGCGCUCAAAGGCAUGGACAAGAUGUUCUUGAACAACACCACCACUAACAGGCACACGUCUGGGGAAGGCCCAGGUAGUAAAACUGGCGACAAGGAGGAGAAACACAGGAAAUGAAAAAUUUAAAAAAAAAAAGGAAAAAUGUUUUAAAUACAAAAGGAAAACAGAAAAAGUUUAAUUUUAGCUUUAAAAUAUUGGAUUGGCUUUGGAAGAAUUAUAUUAGGUAGAAUACACAUACAAUCAAAAAAUUUUAAAAAAGCUAAAUAACUAAAAAAAACUGAGGCGUACAACGGAGCGACAAUUUCGGUUCUCAGUGUCUAUUUCAAGAUACACUUGGAGACAACCGUCCGGAUUUUCCACUUCGGUUCUUUCGAGCUUAGUAAUACUGAUAAUAAAAGAAAACCAUGAUUUUUUUUUCCCUUUGGAAAAUAAAAAUAAGACUAAACAUGAGAAAACGCUAACUUAUUGGAAGAAAAUCGGAUAAACAUUGUUGGUGUCAGUGCUUUGAGAGCUGGUUGACUGAGGCGCACGAACUUUUUAAUUUUUAAUAUUUUUUUAGGAAACUCUUUCGCAGUCCCCGCCCUUCCACCUCACCGCCCCCCUCCCCCAGCCACCCUUUUCUACGUUGCCCUCCCUUCCUCAAGCUGUCACGGGAAUCUUCCGGGAUGCAAAUGAGUGUGGUUGGCCCCUGUGCGUGGUGUUUCGGUCCCCUCGGUGCCCCCGCCCCGCCCUGCGUUCUUAACUCACCGGUGCCCAG